AGUGAAAAGACCUUUCAUCUGGAAACAAUCUGCACGGGCAAUAAACAUGGCCAGUGCUGUUUCCAUGGAAGUAGCAGACUUUGCUGUUGUAGCAAUCUACUUCAUCUUGGUGUUAAUGAUUGGCUUCUUGGCAAUGCGGAGAGCCAAUCGGAACACAGUGAAAGGCUACUUCCUUGCCAAUCAUACUAUCAAUCAAUCAAUCAAUCAAUUUUUUUUUAUAUACAACAUAGGAAGUGAGCAUUUCAUUGGACUGGCUGGAUCAGGUGCUGCUAUCGGGCUCAGUGUGGCUGCAUGGGAACUCAACGCUGUGCUGUUGCUCCAGCUGUUAGGGUGGAUAUUUAUCCCUGUCUAUAUUCAUUCUGGAGUUUAUACCAUGCCAGAAUUCCUGGACAGACGGUAUGGUGGGAGACGAUUACAGUUGUAUUUCGCCAUUUUAUCUCUCUUGGUCUACAUACUUACCAAGUUGUCCGUGGCCCUCUAUGCUGGUGCCUUGUUCAUACAGGAGUCUUUAGGGUGGAACCUCUACCUGUCAAUCAUCCUGCUCAUUGCCAUGACUGGUCUUCUGACAGUGACUGGAGGUCUGGUUGCUGUCAUCUACACAGACACAGUCCAGGCUGUCAUUAUGGUUGUUGGAGCACUUUGUCUAGCGGCCAUCAGCUUCUUCAAAGUGGGAGGACUAGAAGGGGUGAAAGCCAAGUACAUGGAAGCUACUCCAAACAUCACAUCCAUCUUGCUGUCAUCACCCAACCUGACCUUGUCUGAAUCUUGCCAUGACCACCUACACCCAAACCCAAAUGCAUUGAAGAUACUUGGAGGCCCAGCCGAUCCAAACAUGCCUUGGCCAGGAUUCUUACUGGGCCAGAUUCCUUGCUCCAUUUGGUACUUGUGUACAGAUCAAGUCAUUGUGCAACGUGUUCUAGCAGCAAAGAACAUUGUUCACACCAAAACUUCAACAAUCAUGGCUGGUUCCCUAAAAAUCUUGCCCAUGUUCGUCAUUAUCAUUCCAGUAAUGAUUUCCAGGAUCUUCUUUGCUGAUGAGUUGGUGUGUAUUAAUCCUGAGCACUGUAUGGAAGUGUGCGGUUCCCCUGCUGGCUGCAGCAAUCUGGCUUACCCACGGCUGGUCAUGCAUGUGAUGCCGGUAGGUCUCCAUGGAAUGAUGAUGGCCGUGAUGAUGGCAGCUAUAAUGAGUGAACUGGACUCCAUCUUCAACUCAGCGAGCACCAUAUUUACCCUGGACAUUUAUAAGAUGCUCCGAAAGCAGGCUUCAUCGAGGGAGCUGGUGAUAGCUGGGAGACUGUUUGUGUUUUUAAUGGUGGUCGUCAGCAUCGCCUGGGUACCGGUUGUGAUCACAAUGCAGAAAGGGCAGAUGUUCUACUAUAUCCAAGAAGUGACAGAUUAUUUGACUCCACCCAUAGCAGCUCUCUUCUUGCUCGGUAUUCUGUGGUGUCAUUGCAAUGAGACUGGAACUUUUUGGGGUGGGAUGGUAGGGUUAACACUUGGGUUACUGCGUCUGAGUUUGUUUUUUUUUUACAAGGAACCCCACUGUGACCAGCCAGAUGAGCGUCCAUCUUUUAUCAAAGAUGUCCAUUUUAUGUAUGUGGCAACCAUUUUGUUUUGUUUGUCAGCUUUGUUGACUAUAGUUGUGAGUCUCUGCACAUCUCCACCCCAAAGAGACCAAAUUAGGACCACAACUCUGUGGGGGUUAAAACAAAGAAAGAAACUAAAAGAGCAGGGAAAGGGAAAAGAUGGAGAGGAAAUGAAAACACUGACACCACUGACGCUUGCAGUAGGUGAUGGAAACGACCAAUCCAAAAAAGUCGAAGGCACAGAACAGAGUCCUCACCAAAAUAAUGCUUCUGUUAUGAACAACACAGAAACCCAGCUACCAAUCCAGAAUUGCUGUCACUCACUAAAUUCUGACCCUAAAAUUGAAGACAAAGGUAAGAUUUGGGGAGAGGACGGUGGUGAAGAUGUGGAGGAGUGCAGUGGAGCUGUAGUGGGAGGUGACAAGUGCAUGGUGGUUUUACAGUACGUUUGUGGAGUCCAGCAGAAACCAUCCAAAACUCAAGCCCUUCCAGUCAAGGAAUAUGAGAGGGUUGUUGAUGAUAUUCUUCAUGAAUCUCUGAGAACCCGAAUCUUGCUUAACGUGGGCCUAGUCCUGAUCUGCUCUGCUGGGGUUUUUCUCUUGAUCUAUUUCUCCUUGUAGAUACUUAUUCUGA